AUGGAUCGUCCAGAAGUUGUCCACGAUGAGGACCCAACCAAACCUACCACGCAGAGAAACAUGACCCAGUCACGUAUGCAGGCAGCUUUGGUUAGGGAGAAUCCUCGUGUCCUCCGAAAGAGCUUCUUAAAGCUAUACGCAUGCAUUUUUGUUGGAUACUUAUGCUCAGCCACCAAUGGAUUCGAUUCUACGACCUUUGGAGGGCUGUCUGCAAUCCCACAAUUUACUGAGCACUUUGGCAUCACAACCAAAAACCAAGGCCUUGUUGCAGCUGUGUAUGUCAUCGGAAACAUCGCUGGUUCGUUCUUUGGUGGGCCAUGCACAGACACGUAUGGUCGCCGGGCAGGAAUGACCCUUGGGUCAGCCAUUUGUGUUAUUGGCACCCUUCUCCAAACCGUGGGAACCAACCUCGCCAUGCUCAUGACAGGACGCUUCAUCCUUGGAAUGGGCGCUGUGUUGGUUCAAACGGCUGGUCCUAGCUACGUUGUUGAGAUGUCAUAUCCCAAGUAUCGAGCUCAACUUACGGGUGGCUACCAAGUAUGUUUCUUUCUGGGCACGAUUAUAUCAACGUGGCUUGAGUUUGGUCUCAAUCAUGCAAAUACGACCCUUUCGUACCCAUGGAGACUUCCUCUUGCUGUUCAAGGCCUUCCAUCUGUCAUCAUUCUAUGCGCUGUUUGGUUUAUUCCGGAAAGCCCUCGAUGGUAUGUUAGCCAAGGACGUGAGCCUGAAGCUCGAGCUGUUCUCAUCAAGUACCACGGAGACGGAGACCCAAACGCACUUGUCGCAAAUCUCGAGCUGCAAGAAAUGCUGGAAGUCAUUGAACAGGACGGCUCUGACAAGCGAUGGUGGGAUUUCAGGUCACUCUUCAACACCCGAGCUGCACGUUACCGUACUUUUCUGGUUACCUGCAUUUCCUGGUUUGGUGAACUUGACCUGCCACCAACAAGCUACUAUUUCCCUCUGAUGGUAAAAACUGCCGGAAUCACCAAUGUCUCUACCCAACUAUUGCUCAACGCAAUCCAGACGGUCGUCAUGGCAGUUGCAGCGCUCUGUGGCCUUAAGAUGAUACAUAAGAUCGGCAGACGACAGCUUCUAAUAUGGUGCAGCCUUGGGAUGACAAUUGCCAUGGCCGUCAUUACAGCAUGCACCGCAAAACAGGCCGGGAAGCCCGCUGUAGGUGGGACUGGCAUUGCGUUUCUCUAUGUCUUUUUAGUGGCUUUUGCCUUCGGAUGGACCCCCAUGCAAACUCUCUACCCUGCAGAGGUUCUCGCUUAUAACUCUCGGGCCAAAGGUAUGGCCUACCUGGCAUUCAUGAACAAUGCCGUCAAGGUCAUGAACACAUAUGUUCCCCCGAUCGCCAUUGCAAACUCUGGCUGGAGGUACUACAUUCUAUAUGUCGUUUGGGAUGCAUUCGGCAUUGUUGUGAUCUAUUUCUUUUUUGUUGAAACAAGAGGCUGGAGUUUGGAAGAAAUUGAGGACCUCUUCAAUUCCAAGAAUCCUGUGAAGGCCAGCCUGGAAAAGAAAAGUAUCAGUGUUGCAGGUGAUGGAACCAUCCUCAAUGUUGAUAAUACUGAUUCUAAUGCUUAA